AUGAAUUCCGCGGCGCAACUUCAAUCGAACAGCGGUCAUUCUACUCAGAGUCCGUGUGUAAACGAUGAAAACGGUCGGCGUUUAGAAAAAUCUGUACCGGGAGUACGUACAAAAGAAAACACCGAUCAAGUUUCAAACGCGAAAUCGUUUUACGCAUCGCAUGAACUUAUUAUUAAGAUGGUGACGCUGACAAAUCAUAUUCAUACAAUUUUAGAAUCUGAUGAUGUGACUUAUGAUGAACAAUCUAUAGACGAAUUGGCUUCACUGUUUUCUCGAAAAGAUUUUCAAUCUUAUUCAGAACUAACAUUGAAAUGUACUCUGUGGCGGCAGAUUGGUGAUCGAAUCAUGAUGUUUAUUAAGGAGUUCGAUAGCAUCAAACGUAAUAUGGCACAUUUGUCUAGUUGUUUUAUUUUCGUAUUCUACAGGAUGACAGAACUCUGUUGCACCCCGGUUAAUGAACUCAAGAUCGAAUUAGACACGUUCAUUGACAAUAUUCGAGAACAUGUAAAAUAUCUCGACGGCGCAUUGUGGAAAGAAUGGUUCUCAUGCGAUAACAAGUUUAAAGACUGGAUGUUUUUUAUAGCUAAUGUUUUCAUAUCAAACGAAAAUUUUGUAAAUGAGGACGAAGAAGUUCGUAUUAAAAAUGCAGUAAAGUAUUUCAAAAAGGUAAGAUACAGUCAUUACGACGUAUCUACAAAAAAACCCGUACCAGAAACACAUGACGACGAAAUAUUUACUAGUGGUGGCAAGACAAACAAACGGAAAUACGAGGAAAACCAUCGCGUUAACGAUGAAAAUAUUAAACGUAUCCGAGUAACGGGUAGCAAAGCCGGUGUUUUUAUUAAAAACUCACGAAAAAGAUUAAGAAAACUGUUAAGGUAA